AAAUUUUACUAAUUCUAUUUUUACUUUAGUUACGGUUUCACAGCGGUGGCGGCAACAACAUCUAUUGAAGGUUUUAACGAAAAUCGCGCCCUGCGAUUACUGGUGAAUUGUUAAUAAUAAAAAAGAAAACAGGAAACAGUAGUUAUGGGCAAAAAUAAAGGUGGCGGUGGGGGAGGGGGAGGCGGAGGCGGAGGAAGUGGUGGUGGUGGUGGUGGUAGUGGCGGUGGUGGUACCGGCGGAAAUAAAAAAGGUGGUGGUGGCGGUGGAGCUGACAAAAGUGGAAACAAAAAUAAAGGUGGUGGUGCUGGAGGUGAUAAGGGCGGUGGGAAAAAGCCGCAAGAGCAGAAAGCAGCAGCAAGUGGCGGUGGAGGAGGUGGCAAAAAAGGUGGCAAGAAGUAGCAGCGAGUGAAAUUAACGCAUCGAAUCCCAUUAAACAUCUUCAAAAGGUUCAUGAAAAUAUGUAUAAAAAAUUCAUUCAUCAUCCAUCCUAUUUUAUAAGCGAAUAACAAAAUGCUUAGUUCGUAAGUGUGUAAACUUAGUGGAAUGAUGAUUUGUGUUAAUUUGACAUUUCAAUAAACUCAAAAAUAUCGAAGUGACACGAAAUGAAAGCAUAAAAGUAUGGGAAGAAAGCGACUGACAUUUUUAAUUUCAUAACAAAAUAACUAAAAUCAAGAAUUUAUAUUUUUUUAUUUAUUUAAAAGAGCAGCAAUUAUUAAUAACUAUUACACUUGCGAAAGACAUGUACAGCUGUGGACGAAUUAAUGGUAGUAUGCCCAGAGGAAAAAUUAAUAAAGUAAAAAUUACAAUAUGAGUAUAGAA